AUGGCUGGCAGAGGAUAUGGACGAGGACGAGGACGCGGCGGAUUUCAAAGUUAUGCACGACCAGAGCCAUUUGUACUUUUUCCCGAGGAUAUUAAUUUGCCUGAUGCAAAACUCGGCGAAAAUGUUGCUAGUAUGAAACAUUUGAUUAAAUGGGAUUUGAGUUUUGAUAGUUAUUUUAAAGCGGCUCCUUAUCUCUUGGAUGACACCGAAUCAAAAGGGCGCAAAAGGAUGCACGUAGAAAGAUUUUCUGACAAGAAGAAGAUCGCGUUCACUCGUGAUUCGCUGUCUCAGGUUUUAUAUUACGACGAAUUUGUUAAGGAGUUGGUUCCAGGUAAAUCUAAGCAGAUGCUGAGCCGGAAAAAGUUUCGAUGGAACCCUGAAGCUGAUGCGAAAAAACUGGCAUUCUUUGAAGAACUAGAGAAAAAGUUCCUGGCGGAAGAGGGUAAAGAUAAAAAGAAGAAAAAAGAAGAAAGUGAAGAUGAAGAUGAAAAUGAAGAGGGAAAAGAGUCGGAAGACGAUUUUAACGAUGGUGAUUAUAAUCAGAAUGUAGAUUAUGAUGACGAUGACGAUGAUUUUAAUGAUGUAGAGGCUGGGAACGGUAUAAUCACUUUACUGAUGAAGAUGUCUAUUAAGAUAUUAUGGAGAAUGAUCGUUUGCUCGUCCUGUGGCUGCUUCCAUACUAGCAUGGACUAUUGCUAG